ACCAUAACCUCACAAAGUUGUAUUUUGUUUGUCAUCAUGUCGGGAGUUGCGAAUUAUUUAUCUGAGCAAAAAAAGACUACAAAUAACGAGUUAGCAUCGGAAUGGACGGAAAUUGAAGAACUGUACAAUGAGAAGCUCUGGAAUGAGUUGACGAUAAAGCUGGGGACAUUUGUGAAGAACCCGGCACUGCAGAAUGAAGAAGCCCUCGUGCAACUGUACCAGAACUUCCUGUCCACCUUCGAGACAAAGAUAAAUCCGUAUGGCUUGGUGGAGAUCCUUUCGGUCGUCGUGGGGCACAUCACGGAUAAAAAAGAGGCCAAUAACUUCCUGGAGAAGCUCAAGGAGAAAGUGAAGAUCUGCGACGAAGCCGUGUGGUUGUGCAAAGUCCUGCAGGGUCAAAUUCAGCUGGAACAUUUGAAUGAUCUCGAUGCCACAAAGAAAAUCAUCGAAGAUCUCAAAGAAAUCCUCGAGGAGGCUGGAAAUGUGACUCCAGUGCAUGGGAAAUACUACAUGCUAGCCAGUCAAUACUACCGCCUAGUAGGACAACACAGUGACUACUACCGGGCAGGGCUGCAGUUCCUAGGAUGUUCAAUUGAUGAAUUUCCGCUGGAUGACUGGCCCCAGCAGGCUUUUUUCCUGGGCCUGGCUGCUCUCCUGGGAGAGGGAAUCUACAACAUCGGUGAAUUGCUCGCCCAUCCCAUCCUCCAAUCUCUCACUCGAACGGAGAAUGACUGGCUUAUUGAUCUGCUGAAAGCAUUUAAUUCCGGAGACAUCAACAAAUUCGAAAGUAUGAAGCCCAAGUGGUCUAAAAUAGCGGAUCUGGCAGCGCAGGAGGUGAAGCUGCGACAGAAAAUCUCUCUGCUCUGCCUCAUGGAGAUGACUUUCAAGCGUCCAGCAAAUCAGCGUACAAUUAGCUUCGAUGAAAUUGCAAAGGAGACCAAACUUCCACUCAACGAAGUUGAGAUCCUUGUCAUGAAGGCUCUUGCUCAGGGUCUGGUGCGAGGACAUAUCGACCAAGUUGCUGGUGUGGUCAAUAUGACAUGGGUGCAGCCUCGCGUGCUGGACAGGAGCCAAGUAGCUGCCAUGGCAACCACCCUGGACACCUGGAUGCUUUCAAUUACGGAAAUGGAGAAGCUAAUUGAGAGUCGUGCUAAUGAAAUCCUUACUAAUUGAUGUUCUUUUGUACUGAGGUCGAAAUUAAAUUAUCCUGCAAGUGGAUUAACCACAAGCAUUGGAAAUUGAA